CUUUCAGAUGUGAAUUUCAGAGAAGGAGACUCAGUGUGGAUAUAUGACUGGUAUAGGAAUGAUAAAAUAUUCUACCCAUACAACACACACCAAACAUACCACCCAUACUACACAUACCAAACAACACAGGAGUUCAGUAUCAGCUCUAUUACAGACUCUUAUAAAGGGAAAUACACCUGCAGAGGGAGGAGACACAGUGACUAUCAGAUCUCAAAGACGAGUGAUUCUGUUACUCUCACUGUAUCAGAAAAACCCACACCGACUGUGAGUGUGAAUCCUCAGAGCUUCAUCUACACUGGAGACACAGUUACUCUGAAGUGUAAUCUGCAGUCUACUGGAUGGACUUUUUUGUGGUAUAAAUACAACCACUAUUUAUAUCCCCUGUCCCCUGAAGCCUCAAAUACCAAGACCUUCAUCGUAACAGACUCUAAUGAAGGACAAACAACAUACUACUGCAAAGCAUUUAGGGGAAACUACGAGUCAGAGUUCAGUGCUGCAGCCAGAAUUACAGUGAGCACGAGACCAAAGCCUGUAGUGAAAAUACACCCAGCUGUGAAUGUGUUCAUUGGGGAAACUGUCACUCUCACAUGUGACAUACAGACUGGAGGAUCCUGGAAGUAUCACUGGUAUAGAAGUAAUGAAGAAAUCAGAGCUGCUGCAGGAAAGAAGAUCUACACAAUCACUGAUGUUAAAGACUCUAAUAAAGGUCCUUAUAGCUGUAAAGGAACUCAAUCAUCAGACCCAAAAUACACACAGAGCAGUGAUGCAGUUACACUGACUGUAGCAGAAAAACCUGAACCUGAUCUCACAUCAGAUCUUAAAGGAGCUGCACUGACAGGAAACUCAGUGACUCUGUACUGUACACUGAAGCUGCAGUCUGCUGGAUGGAAGUUUUACUGGAGCAAAGACACACAGAGCCGUGAAACUGAGACUGAAACAAAUCACUACUUGUUCAGAUCAGUCAGUGUCUCUGAUGGAGGUCAGUACAGAUGCAGAGCUGGAAGAGGAAACCCAGUCUACUACACAUACUACAGUGAUGCACUCUGGGUAAAUGUUACUGCUAAAUCUGCUUCAGUGUCUCUGAUCAUCAAUCCCAGCAGAUCUCAACACUUUACUGCUGACUCUCUCUCACUGAACUGUGAGGACCAGAGAGACUCUACUGGAUGGACAGUGAGACGAUACACACUCAAUCAGACAACUUUUAAUUGUUCAUCAGUUUUAGGAUCUACAUGUAACAUCAGCUCCCUCUCUCCAUCACACACUGGAGUUUACUGGUGUCAGUCUGAAUCUGGAGAACACAGUGAUUCUGUCAACAUCACAGUACACAAUGGUGAUGUGAUCCUGAACAGUCCUGUCCAUCCUGUAACUGAGGGAAAUCCUCUGACUUUACACUGUUUAUAUCACAACACAAAGAUCUCAACUGGUAUUGAUUUCUAUAAAAAUAAUUUAAUUCUCCAGAAUCAGACUACAGGAGUGAUGACCAUCAGCAGUGUGUCAAAGUCAGAUGAAGGUUUCUACCACUGUAAACAUCCAGAGAGAGGAGAGUCACCAAAAAGCUGGAUUUCAGUCAGAGAUUCACCUUCUUCAGCUACUGGUGUAAUUAUAGGACUGAGUUUGACUUUCACAUUUGUCAUCAUAAUGAUCGUAAUGAUCAUGUUGUUUUACCACAAAAAGAAAAAAGAUGCAGCAUAUCAGACUCCUUCUACAGUAAAUCAGGACACCACUCAGCCUCCAGCUGAUGAUAACGUUUAUGAAAGUGCUGAUGUAGCAGCCACAGAUGUUUCUGCAUCUGAAACCAGCAAUAUGAUCAACUCACAGGCUCUCACUAGAAACCAAAAACAAAACAAUGCUGGUGCAGGACCAAGUGAUGUGAUUUAUGCUGACAUUGAAAUGAAAAACCAAAAGAAACCAAAGAGGAAACAGGGAAAGAGCAGUAAGGGAGAUGAUACUGUGUACUCAGAACUGAAGCAAAACACAGAUGAAGAUGCUGCUGCUGGACCGAGUGAUGUGACUUAUGCUAAAAUUGAAUUAAAAAAACUAAAGAAACCCAAGAAAAAACAAGGAAAGAACAACGAGGAAUCUGACACUUUGUACUCAGAGCUGAAGAAGAACAUAGAUAAAGGUCCAUGAAGAAAGUCUAAAGUCUCCAAUCAGGAAUUGCUGAAUCAGCUAAAGAACAUGGUAAAGACAUUUUAGGAGGCAUUACGUAGUUUCUGUAUUUUUGCGCUCUUUUUUUUUCCAUUCUGAACAUUGUACAAACUCCUGAUAGUGAUAUUAAAAGAGAAAGAGGGAAGAGGAAGCUGUGUUUAUUUUUAUUAUUUUUAUAUUUAACAAUGUAACAGAAUUAUACUCACAUCAACUCAAGUUGUUAUUCAUUCGAUCAGAAUAAUUUAUGUAUCUGGCAGUAGAUUAAGUGUUAAUUGGUUUAUUUUAAUACUGAUUUCAUGCUCAGUUACAAAAAAAAAAAAAUUAAGCUUUUAUGGCAUAUGAACUCAUUUUUGUAAAUUAAAUGGACAUUGUUUUUGCAAGUUUUAUUCAUGUAUGUUUGUGUUUAUUUACUCAUUUAUGUUAUUUGCCUGUUAGUGCAAUGCAAAAAAGACACUUUCAGCACUGGAUGAUAAUCAGAUAUUUCGACUGCACUGCUUUAAACAGUAAUAAUGCAGUAUUGUGCUUUAGUCACAUUUCUUUUUUUUUAGUUUAGUGCUUCUAUAUGUAACUUCCUAAUUUUUUACAAUUGUAAUUUUAUAUUUUUCCAUUAUAAAAAAAAAAUUGUUAAAUUAUAUUAAAAUAAAAACACAAAACAGUAUUUCUUUUUUACAUAUUAAUAUAAUUGACUUUUUAAUUAAUUGUAACUUAAUUUUAAUGUACAAAUUAUUUCUUAGCUUUAUUUUGUAACUACUUUAAGCAGUACUUAAAAAACAUUUUAAGCUUGUAUUUUAUUUUUAUACAUGAUGUCUGAAAUUAGCAUAAAUAAACCUUUUCCAAGCAACAGCAGCUCUGUUUAUAUUUUUGAUUGUACAGUUUUUGGAGCACAGUCUCACCCCACAGCGUCACA